AACAUCACCAGGGCCGCCGCAGCCCUUCGGCCACCGUCGGAGGGGUGGUGACGGACGUGACGUCUAAUAACUUCCUGUGGCGACCCUGCGGGGCGGAACGCGACGCGCGGUGGUGACUCUGGGCUGGUUUCGUCUGCCAGCCCGGGCUUGUCCCGCUCCACGGUGCGACAGCUUCUCUGGCUGUUUCUGUCCUCUCCAGGAGUCCAUUUGGAGGCAGUGGCCUUGUGAAGUUUGUGGUUAGUGUGACCCUUCUCUCGUGACAGCCCCGCGGUGACUGCGGUGCUGGCCUGCGGGUCUUCUGCAUCUGCUGCAGGUGCUCAGGGUUCAGGAGUGAAGGGGUCAGGGCCCGCUGCAGUAGAGACAGGAAAACAUUGUUAUGUUGGUGUCUCAGAGCUAAACUAUGAGUGAGUUCCGGAUUCACCAUGAUGUCAAUGAGCUGCUCAGCCUGCUCCGCAUCCAUGGUGGGGACGGAGCUGAGGUGUACAUUGACCUGCUGCAGAAGAACCGGACGCCAUAUGUCACAACCACAGUCUCUGCCCACAGUGCCAAGGUCAAAAUUGCUGAAUUUUCUCGAACACCUGAGGACUUUUUAAAGAAAUAUGAUGAACUGAAAUCUAAAAAUACAAGGAACCUUGACCCACUGGUGUACCUGUUGUCGAGACUCACAGAAGACAAAGAGACACUUCAGUAUUUGCAACAGAAUGCAAAGGAAAGAGCUGAGCUUGCAGCUAGUGCUGCACCCAGCAGCACCACCAGCUUCAACAUCCCUGUUGCCGCCUCUAAGAUGUCCACACAAGAGCUAGAGGAACUGAGGAAGCAGCUUGGCAGUGUGUCCACAGGCUCCACACUGCAGCAGUCUCUGGAACUUACAAGAAAGAUGCUUCGAGACAAACAGAACAAAAAAAAUUCAGGCCAGCCCCUCCCCGUCUUCCCAGCAUGGGUGUAUGAGAGACCAACUCUGGCUGGAGAUUUCCUGAUUGGCUCGGGCUUGAGCUCUGACACAGCUUUGCCUAUAGGUACGUUGCCCUUGGCCUCCCAGGAGUCAGCAGUGGUGGAAGAUCUGCUCUAUGUGCUUGUGGGUGUGGAUGGCAGGUAUAUCACUGCUCAGCCUUUGGCUGGGAGGCAGAACCGUACCUUCCUUGUGGACCCCAACCUGGACCUGUCCAUCCGGGAGCUAGUAAACAGAAUCCUCCCUGUGGCUGCCAGCUACUCUACUGUGACCAGGUUCAUUGAGGAGAAGUCUUCAUUUGAAUAUGGGCAGGUGAACCAUGCCCUGGCUGCUGCCAUGAGAACCCUGGUAAAGGAAUACCUGAUUCUGGUCACACAACUGGAACAGCUGCACAGGCAGGGCCUCCUCUCACUGCAGAAGCUCUGGUUCUACAUCCAGCCAGCCAUGCGCACCAUCGACAUCCUUGCCUCCCUUGCCACCUCAGUGGAUAAAGGCGAGUGCGUGGGCGGGUCGACGCUGAGCCUUCUUCAUGAUAGAAGCUUCAACUACACGGGGGACAGCCAGGCGCAGGAGCUGUGCCUCUAUCUGACCAAAGCAGCCAGUGCACCUUACUUUGAGAUCCUGGAGAAGUGGAUCUAUAGGGGCAUCAUUCAUGACCCUUACAGUGAGUUCAUGGUGGAGGAGCACGAGCUGCGGAAGGAGAAGAUCCAGGAGGACUACAAUGACAAGUACUGGGACCAGCGCUACACUGUGCUGCCACAGCAAAUCCCGUCCUUCCUGCAGAAGGUAGCAGGCAAGAUCCUCAGCACAGGAAAAUACCUAAAUGUGGUCAGAGAAUGUGGUCAUGAUGUUACCUGUCCUGUAGCCAAAGAGAUCAUUUAUACCCUCAAAGAGCGGGCAUAUGUGGAGCAGAUUGAGAAAGCGUUCAAUUAUGCCAGCAAAGUGCUGCUGGACUUCCUCAUGGAGGAGAAGGAGCUGGUGGCCCACCUAAGGUCCAUCAAGCGCUACUUCCUGAUGGACCAAGGGGACUUCUUCGUGCAUUUCAUGGACCUGACUGAGGAGGAGCUCAGGAAGCCAGUAGAAGACAUUAUACUCACACGCCUGGAGGCUCUGUUGGAGCUGGCCCUGCGCAUGAGCACUGCCAACACUGACCCCUUCAAAGAUGACCUCAAGAUUGAACUGAUGUCUCACGACCUUAUCACUCAGCUUUUGCGGGUUCUGGCCAUUGAGACCAAGCAGGAAAAGGCAAUGACCCAUGCUGACCCCACAGAGCUCACACUGAGUGGUCUGGAGGCCUUCUCCUUUGACUAUAUGGUCAAAUGGCCCCUGUCACUGAUUAUUAACAGGAAGGCACUCACCCGCUACCAGAUGCUCUUCCGACACAUGUUCUACUGCAAGCAUGUGGAGCGGCAGCUCUGCAGUGUCUGGAUCAGCAACAAGACAGCCAAGCAGCAUGCACUGCACUCUGCAAAGUGGUUUGCUGGUGCUUUCACUUUGCGGCAGCGAAUGCUCAACUUUGUCCAGAAUAUUCAGUACUACAUGAUGUUUGAAGUGAUGGAACCGACCUGGCACAUCCUUGAGAAAAACCUGAAAUCUGCCUCCAACAUUGACGACGUCCUUGGCCACCACACAAGUUUCCUUGACAACUGCCUGAAGGACUGCAUGCUGACCAACCCUGAGCUGCUGAAGGUUUUCUCCAAGCUCAUGUCUGUAUGUGUCAUGUUCACCAAUUGUAUGCAGAAAUUUACGCAGAGUAUGAAACUGGACAGUGAGCUAGGCCGUCUGACCCUGGAUCAGGGUGGUGUGCAGGGGCCACCCACAGAGACUGAGCGGAUUGAGGAUCGCCCCCGGAAGGAGCCUACCAGGAAGCAUCUGUCUGAGCAUAUGGAUACUCCUCAGCUGUCCUCUGGUUUCGAGGCCACCAUCAACAACUUUGACAAAAACUUCUCUGCCCAUCUUCUUGAUUUGCUGGCCCGACUAAGUGUCUACAGCACCAGUGACUGUGAACAUGGCAUGGCCAGUGUCAUCUCCAGGCUAGAUUUCAAUGGUUUCUAUGCGGAACGCCUGGAACGUCUGUCUGCAGAAAGGAGUCAGAAGGCUGUCCCCCAAGUGCCUGUCCCAAGGGGACCCUCAGCACCAACACCCAGGGUGGCCAUUCCUGCGCAAUGAGCUUGUUUGUUAAAUACCAUUAUUUCUGGAACAUGGGUGUUGUGCAUUAUUACUGCUUAAAUAUGGUUUCAGUUUCUAUUUUGGCUCAAUGAUUUCCCUUUUCAAGGUGUUUGAUUUCCUUUUAGAAGCUUUCCAGAGGGCUAGAUGGCUCAGUCAGUAAAAUGUUUUCUGUCCAAAUAUGAGGACCUAAGUUCAGAUCCUUACCAUCUGUCUUAGUUAGGGCUUCUGUUGCUAUGAUGAAACACCAUAGCAAGAGCGACAUGGAGAAGAUAGGGUUUGUUUCAGCUUACGUCUUGUAGUCUAGUUCAUCAUCCAGGAAAGUCAGAACAGGAACCUAGAGACGGGAACUGAUCCAGAGGCCAUGGAGAAGUGCCGCUUACUGGCUUUCUCCCAUGGAUUACUCAGCCUGCUUUCCCAUCAUACCCAAGAUCAGGACCAGCUGGGAAGCACCACUGCCCACAGCGAGCUGGUCUCUCCCAUACCAAGCAUCAGUCAAGGGAAUGCAAAGACAAUCUCAUGGGACAUUUUCUCCUUUGAGGUUCCUCUUCUAAAAUGACUCUGGCAUGUGUGAAACUGACAUAAGUCUAUUCAGCACACCAUUAAAUGCUGGGUGCAGUGGAACACUUCUCUAUUCCCAGUGCUGGGGUACAGGUAGGUGGAGUCCUAGGGCUUACCAGUCUAGCUAAGUCAUGAAUUCCAUGUUCAGUGUCUCAAAAUAAACAAAUAUUAAACAGAAAGGUGGAGAGAAAGAGAGGAAAUAGUCUGGUGUCAGUCUCUCAGCUCCACAUGUACAAGCACGGGCACACACACAGUAUGUACCUGUACUCAACAAAAAGAAUAAACAUGCAAGCUGCCUGUACCACA